CCUAUCAUAUCAUUGCACUAAAUCUCAUUCUUCAUCUGCAGCUAUUUGGAUUACUGAUAUUGGUGCAUUUUUUUUAGAAAGUGUGUACUCUUUUUGGUGACAUUGGAAGCUAACUCAUAGACAGAGGCAAAGAUGUUGGGAAUUUUCAAGCAGAAGUUAGUUAAUGCACCCAAGGAGCUGAACAGUCCAGCUUCUUUGAAUUCAUGCACUAAGCCUAAGCUAAGUCAUGAAGUCCUGAAGGAUUUCAUGUCCUGCAAUUCCUCCAAUGCUUUCUCCAUGUGCUUUGGGAGUGAUGCUUUGCUAGCCUAUUCCCCUUCAAACAAGCCCUCCAUUCAUCAUAGGUUGUUUAGUGGUUUGGAUAACAUAUACUGUGUCUUCCUGGGUGGCCUGCACAACCUUAGCAUGCUCAACAAGCAGUAUGGGCUAUCAAAAGGAACAAAUGAGGCCAGGUUUAUCAUUGAAGCGUAUCGAACUCUUCGCGACAGGGGUCCAUAUCCAGUUGAUCAAGUCCUCAAAGAACUUGAAGGCAGUUUCGGAUUUGUGAUAUAUGACAACAAGGAUGGAACAGUUUUUGUUGCAUCUGGUUCUAAUGGCCAUAUUGGGCUCUACUGGGGAAUUGCAGCGGAUGGUUCGGUUACAAUUUCUGAAAAUCUGGAGCUUAUAAAAGCAAGCUGUGCUAAAUCAUUUGCACCAUUUCCUACUGGGUGUAUGUUUCAUAGUGAGCACGGUCUCAUGAACUUUGAACAUCCAACACAGAAGAUGAAAGCAAUGCCUCGGAUUGACAGCGAGGGAGUUAUGUGCGGGGCCAACUUCAAUGUUGACUCUCAGUCAAAGAUCCAGGUGAUGCCACGUGUUGGAAGUGAAGCUAAUUGGGCAACUUGGGGCUAACAAGCUUAGCUGAUUUAAUCUUAGUCCAACAUUUUUUUUCUAAGUGGUUAAAAGAGGAACAUAGUGUGAUGAGUGUGACUCUUUGCUUUUCUCUUUUGGUUCCAUUGUUGUGUACAUAUUCAUGCUUCAAAGUUGAACAUGACUAUGGUAAUUGUAUAAUAUGAAUAACAAGUGUUACACAACAUUUAUUUGUUAUUAAAUCUUUCCUCCCAAAAGGAAGCAGGGCAGGACAAAAUCAAGCACACUUGUUCCAUUGAGUGUACACAGCAUGGCUCGGUGGUCGGUCAACUUAAAUUGUGGCAAA